UGUAGAGUUUCCGUUGUAAGCUGGUCAUGUGGAUUUGUCACGUCGACUGACAGAAAACUGCUUGGUUUCAUUUCAGCAACUUUGAGUGAAAAGUGCAGCUUGAGCAUUCAGACAAACGUCUCCGUUUGUGUUCCACCGAAGAGAGAAAGUGUGACAUGUCUUAAGCUAUAACUCCAGCUGGAACUCGAGGAGGCCUCCUGUGUGAAGUGCGGUGCUCGUAUCCAACAGUAGAUCUCUUCAACAGCACGAGACAGGGAUCACAGACUGAGAGUUUGAGUUUGUUCUGGAUGCUGGAGGAGAUUCAGAUCAGAUUGCAGGAGAUUCUGACCUGCCAAAUACACCAGCAUCAUCAUCUGCCCGCCUACACACACACACCUCACAUCUGACCCGCCCCCAACACACACACACACACACACACACACACUCGGCGCUGGGCAGACUGCAGCGAACGGCUCCGCUGGCUCUGUGUUUGAGAGACACAGACGACACAUCACGUUUCUUCUGACUCUCUGUGUGUGUGUGUGUGUGUGUGUGUGUGUGUGUGAUGUAAUUGUUUAACUCCAGCGGGUCAGAACAGGGCGAACCAUCCGUUAAUCACCAUAUGAGAUCCGUCAGCGGGACACCAGACACAGAGACGCUCGUGAAACCGUUUGGUGAUGUGGCUGUGCGUUCUGUUGGCGUGUUUGCUGCUUGAGUUCUGCGGCGCGGCUCCUCACACUCACAUCAACCGCCUCGCACUCUUCCCUGACAAAAGCGCCUGGUGUGAGGCCAAAAACAUCACGCAGAUCGUCGGACACACGGGCUGCACGCCACGAUCCAUCCAAAACAGGGCCUGUCUGGGUCAGUGUUUCAGCUACAGUGUGCCCAACACCUUCCCACAAUCCACCGAGUCUCUGGUCCACUGUGACUCCUGCAUGCCGGCGCAGACGCAGUGGGAGGUGGUGACUCUGGACUGCGCCAGCAGCGAAGAAGCCCCGCGUGUGGAUAAGCUAGUGGAGCGCAUCCUUCACUGCAGCUGCCAGUCGUGCAGUAAAGAGAGCAGCCAGGAGGGGGCGCUGCUGCAGCUGUACCCUUCAGAGGGAGCGCUGGAGACGCCGUCGCAGCCAGACGCUACACACACGCAGCACACUCACGCGCAUUUAGACGUACAAGCACCUGAGGCCGGGUGAUGUGCACGCGCAUGCUUACACUAGGGCUGCGCGAUUAAUCGAUUGUGAUACUCAUGCGCAUCUCGUCAGUAAAGACGGUUCUGUGAUUAGUAGUAAAUCUCCAUCAGCUGCUUUCAGAUGGAGCAGCAUUUAAUU